AUGCUGCAAUGCAGGCUGCAGACCUAUGGUGGCUGCCCAACCUGGAUACCAACGCCGUACUCCAGUGAGCCUUCCCCGUUUGGCUGGCCGCUGUCACCAAACGACUGGAGCUUCGCGGACAUGCCAUAUUGGCCCAAGAAGUACCUAGCUUGUGCCGGGAAGAGGCAGUCUCCAAUAGACAUUCCUCUGAACAGCCCGAGCUGUGGAAUCGACCGGAUAAGUGAUCAAGAUGGUCUACUCAAGACGGCAGCUGGCUAUACGGCGCAGGGCAGCGUUCAGCCACCCGAAGUACGAGUCAGCACCUACAUGAGGACGGUCCAUGCAGAGGGCAACUACGGCGACCUUCGCUUGCGGGGUGAGUCAGGUGAGGCCAAAGACUACGAGGCGAUCUCCGUCCACCUGACCGCACCGAGCAUGCACAAAGUGGAUGGGAAGCAUAUGGCCGCAGAGCUGAUGGUCCUCCAUAAGCCAAAGGGCGCUCCCAACAUGCUGAAGGACGGCGUGAUUCUAAGCAUGAUGUUCGACGACACGAACGGCACCGAGAGCAACAUCUUUAGCCAUUUCGGCUUCUCCAGCGAAGGCAUUGCAAGCCCUGCAAAAUCCUGGACGGCAUCGCAUUACAUCAAUCUGGCGGAGGCUUUGUCAAGCUCUCUGGAGGGGCCCUCAUACCAGUAUGAUGGAAGUGUUCCCGUGCCACCAUGCACUGAGACCGUCAAGUAUUUUAUUCUUGGCAAGGCGCAGCCGAUCCUCACUUCGCAAGCCAAAUCACUGGAAGCCGUCCUCAGCUGCUGGGCAGGCGGGAUCAACAAGCGAGGCCCGAUCCCUUCACCCUUUCUGGGUCAGUGCCGGGCCGUGAAGAUGAACACGCUGAACGUGGGAUCCCCGCAUUGGGAAGCAACUUGCCAGGCCGCUGUUGCCAACGGCACCUCCUUCCGAUCUGGCACGUGCUGGGAUUACGGCAUGAGCCAACAGCGCCUGAACAGCUGUGUCAAGUCCCCCGUGGAUAUGUCUGCCUCGAAGGCAUCCACCACCGGUGCAGAGCUGCCACAGUGGAACUUCAAGACUAUCAAGCAUGUCAGGGUCAUGCCAAGCAACUACAGCGUGGAUGCAAUCCCACUGGAGGCUGGUGUCGCCGGGCCCUUGCCGAACUUCGGCACGAUCCUGGUGCUGGGAUACAAGUACAUGGUGCGGAAGAUCCGAAUCAAGCCGGUGUCUUCCCACACAUACAAUGGGCUCUACCACGCUGGGGAGCUCAUUAUCGAGUGUUUAGUCUUCGGCGACGAGGUGGCCACCACGGUGAGGGAGACUGCUGACUUCCUAGGCGAGCAGCACCAUGGACGACGGCUUCAGGAGACGGAGGACGAGCUUCAUCGGUUGUAUAUUAGCGUGCCCAUCAAGCUGGGAGUGGAGAGUCCGCUGCUGCGGGAGCUGGGCUUGCCGUUCCAAGCCUAUAAGGAUAGCAUCAAGGAUAUGCAUCACUACCACAUUGAGACAGCUGUGAACGUCGAGGCCGGCCUCUACAGUGCAUUGAAUGGCAACUACCUCUUCUACAGUGGCGGGAUGGUCCAACCGGGUUGUCCCAAGUGGGGCGUUAGGUGGAUCAUGUUCGAGACUCCGAUCACAGCCAGUCUGGCACAGCUCAACUAUUUGGUGCUGCCAGUGAGUGGCUAUGAUUCGGUAAGGCUCUAUCCGCCUGCCUUUGCACCGCAGGACUACUCCAAGAACGUGUUCCUCAACGCAUUGCCGGAUUGGGCAUUGAGUCUGCAUGUGAAUUGCGAUGAUCCAGAACACUGGACUUAUGACGAUGUGCAUUGUUGGGACGUGGCAUACCCUACCUGCCGGACAGGCAGGAAGCAGUCUCCCAUCAACAUCCUCCCGCAGCAGGUCCAGUACGAAGGCAACUCCAAGUUCCUCAGCCGUGUGGACUGGAAGCCAGUCAAAGAUCUUCGAGUGGAGAACAACGGCCACAGCCUCAUCGUGACCAGCGACAUGCUUGGCUACAUCAAGCUGAUUGGUGAUGAUGGUUUCCCCGAGUUUUAUGACAUCGCGCAGUUUCACUUGCACAUGCCCUCGGAGCACAUGAUCAAUGGCCGGCAGUUUGCUGCAGAACUGCACGUUGUGCAUACACGGCAAAGGGCAAUCGGACAAGAGAAGAACACCUACGAUUCCUUCCCGCUGACCGUGCUUGGGUUCAUGUUUGACAUCACCGACACGGAGAGUCAUUUCCUCAAGCAGUUCUAUUUGGGUGAGGAGGCAAUUAAGAAUCAGAGCUACAAGACUGCAAGGCAGCCGAUCGACUUGAUGCGGUCUCUCGGUCCAGCCCUGGAUGGUGACUUCUACAGAUAUGAUGGCAGCUUCACAACGCCUGACUGCCACGAACAGAUCAAAUGGUUUGUUUUUGACCACAUCUUCCCAAUGAGCCUCGCGCAGUGGGAGACCUUCAAGAAAGAGUUUCCCUUCGCGCAUGCGAACCGUCCCGUGAACAAGCUGAAAGACCAUCGCCUCGUGAAGAACGACUUCGAGGAAGGCACCCCGGUGCAGUACGACUUCUUCCUAGGCCGUCACGAAGGGCGCAACCGUUACUUCCCAGGAGAGGGCUGGAUCCUGGUCCCAUGCCUUGCCAUUAUCGUGUUGAUGUGCCUGAUCAUGCUCUCCGUCUUUGUACGUGAGGGGCGUUUCCACAUCAAGGAACCUUUCCUGCGCAAGCUGUAUCCACGACGUUUCUCAAAGUGUUGCAUCGUUUCCGUACCGGAAUACAGCGAGGUAGAGGCAGAUGGGCCACCAAAGGUGGCCCAAGUGGGGAGAGGGAGCUGGAGAGGUGCCUGUUCGGGCCUCGGACAGCGGCCGGUCCGAUAG